ACUUGUCUUAGGAUUAACCUUCGACUCGCAACACAUUAUCUAUACAUAUCACCCAAUGAUGAGAAUUCGCGCUAAACAGAACUUGUUUUCUGAGUUCCGUGACAGAUAGCGGAGGGUGUAACUGUCAGAUAUUCUUGUUUCUCUCGAGUGCUUGGUCUGAAAGUGGAAAAUAUACCCUAAUUCACACCGAGGUAAUCGAGCGCUAAAGUCGUUGUAGAUUCGCACCAUUUUGCAGACGUGUUGUAUUUUAUGGACACGGAACUUUUCCUGAGGGUGCGUAGAGGAGAAAACCAGGGUGUAUGUUUCGCUCUUGGAGGGGCGUGCGUACAUUCGCAUCUUUGCAGCAGUUGAAGAAUACUUUUUUUUGGCCUUUGACUCUAGUAGGAUGCAGACAUUUGUUUGAUGCACUUGUUUGAAUCAUGUUUGGCGAGAUUUUAAAUUCAAUGCCAUGUUUGCAAGAAGGAAAAUGGCGUGAGACAAGCUGUAUUGCUCAUCAGAAUCUCCUUGUUGAUGCAUGUCAAAUUCCAAAGUGAAAAACAUAACCAAAUUUUGGACGCCCGCUAUCUCGCCAUUAACGAUGCGAUGAGCAGCGAUUUGAGCUUGUUCCAUUUUCCCACAACUCGUAAGCACAGGAUUUACUGGCAAUUUGGGGUUUUGCCCGUAUUCGCAAUCUGCUAGCAAGAGUGUGUGCAUUGCAGAGCCGCUCUCUGCUGCUGUCUUUGAGGCGUAGUCUCUCCGCAAUGCCAAAAGGCGGAGCUGGGCCGUCAUUUUACACAUGCGUCAAAGAUAACGAUGCAGCCUCUGCGCUCAAUCUCAUUCAGUCCCAUUUCCAACAGCAACAAUCCCCGGCGUUCCCCCAAACCUUCCGGUCCCACGUACGCACUCACGAGGAUCCUGUAGCAUUCAUACUUGAUAUUGCUGCAAGCAUUCAGUUGAAAGAAUGCACGCUGAGAGAGCAACGCAAAGUCUUACGAGGACUCGGGGAAGUUGUGGGAAAGUUGUACUUGAGCGAGGAUUGGACGGGCUGGAUGAAGGACCAAAUGAAAGAGAGAAAAGAUGAAAAAACUAAAGUACUCGAGGAACUUGACGGUAAGAACUCAGAAGACCAGUACCCCAAACGACAGAAAACCGAGCGUGCCGUUAAGAGAAUUGACGACGACAUUACCCCAGCGUCAACAGCUCUCCGAACUACAAAUACCAAGCGAUUGCUAUCCCUCCUUGCAAAUUAUACCGAAUCGCCGCUCCUUUGCCUCCUAAUCCCUCCUUUCGGAAUCGCAUUCAAUGUAUCUGACCAUCGAUUACUGGGGCGCUCUCUUUUCGAACGUCUUUUAGCAAUAGGAGCCCUUGCAGAGUGCGUGAUGCUUGCAACCGACUAUGGAUUUUAUCCCUAUGUCGAUCAUCGGGCAUUACUACUUCAGUUGGCGAGAGCAGAGGACAAGAAGAGCAUAACUGUUUUGUUGGCCGGCUAUACGGACCGCUUGAUAACCUUUUGCGAGUUGAUGGAGGAGAUGUGUUCGCAAGAGUUGAAAACUAUAGAUCACAUGCUAGGUUCGGGACAUUUUGUCGGAACAGAGCAUAGAAUGCUCUUGAAGCAAUACGCCAAGGCGGGAUCUGAUAUUAUGGCCAAGCACCGGAUUGACCCUGACGCGAAUUAUCAUUCUGUGGCAGCUGCAAGCCGACUCAUGACAGUGACUUGGCUUCUGCACGAAGUCGAUUUGCUCAUCUUUUCUUCUCCCAACCUGGACCUUGCAGAGCUCGAGGAUUAUACUGAUAUAUUUGAAACAGUGGCUACAGCAGGGUCAUCGAAGCGCUGGAAAACUGUGCUGAGUAAGCUUUUUGUGGGCCAUUUUAUGCGGUACGAGAAGACAAGACUUUAUGGUGCCUUUCUAUCCGAGUUGCUGCAAGUACGAGAUUUUUAUGGUCAAAUGACAAAAGUCACUGUGGAGCCAACACCGGAAUUUCAUUCCGUCCCGGCACACGGAAAGAAGAUGGACAUGUACCUAUCGGAUGUGCCAGUGGAGUUUGUGAAUACGUUAGAAAAACUUGAGGUUUUGAACGGACUGAUCUCUGAGCGAGUCGUCAAAGUCGGAAUUGACUGUGAAUGGGCGCCGACGGCAUUAAGAAUCACUGCGGAUACAGCACCACCGGCUAUCCUCCAGAUUGCAUUAGAUUUAAAUGAUGCAGACGAAACGAGUCCCGUCAAUUCCGCACCACGCAGAAUUUGCCGGAUUCUCGAUCUUAUCCACCUUCCGCGCAAGGAUCUAUCUCGCACCCUCGAACGUCUUUUCACUAGCCGCACCAUCCUUAAAUUGGGCUUUGACUUCUCGCAUGAUCUCUCCCUCCUCCGCACCAUCUUCCCGUCUCUUCCACCACUUGCUCAAAUCCCGCGGUUUGAAGACUUGUGCAAGUAUCCCGUCAACGGUAACAACCCUACCAAAAAGCACAAAAACAGCUUGAAGAAGAUGGUGGAGCUGAUACUCCAUAAAAGGUUGGACAAAACUGUGAGAAUCAGCAACUGGGAGAGAAGACCAUUGAGAGCUAGUCAAUUGAGAUAUGCUGCUAAUGAUGCUAUUGUGCUAUUGGAUUUGUAUGAUAAAUAUCAGACCGAGAAGGUGUCUGACGUGAAGCCUGUUAAUGUUUGAUGAUAAUUUUUGUAUAUAGGUGAGAUAGCUUUUAUAUCUGACGAAUCGGUCACAUUUUUCUUUGCUGUCAACGUUACUCUACACCCGUUUUGUUUGCAUCUAUAUAGCCGCCCUGAGUAAAUCACAAACCUUUUUAUGUUCACCCCAAUUCUUGACCUGACAAGGUCUCGAGCAGUACCAUUCGCUUUUACACCUCGAGCACCGUUGUGUAGCAGUAUGCGUUGACCGGUUUGGACAAUCGGGGUUGGCACAUUUCGGUGCAUCAGGCAAAAGUGUCGAGAGUGUCGGGUGAGUAUAUGUUUCGGCAAGUCUGACGAGGAGAAUGAUAUGUUGGUAUAUUUCAUCGUCAUUGGCCGCGCAUUACAAUGUGCCAGUUUACCCUUUGACAGUUUCUUCAUCAUCAUCUACCAGUCUCGUCAAAGUACUCUCACCAAUCUUUUCCAGGUCCACAUUCCGCAAAAUCCCUUCCAUGACAAGAGGCACUUCUUCCACAAAUCCGG